UGAAGAAAAUUAUAAUUUUUCUUAGGAAUUUCGUGAAUUAAUGGUUUGGGCUCGUCAAAUGCAUGCUUCAAUAACUGGGGAACUUUUACCUAAAGAAAUAGCUGGAUGUGAGGCUCUCGAUGCUAGACAUGCCGAGUUUCGGCGUGAAAUUUCUUCAAAAGAAUCAGAAAAACUUCAUUUUAUACAAAAAGGAGAACAAUUAUUAUCACAAGGGCAGAAUGCUUUGGUGAAUGAAAUUCGUUCUCGUAUAACUACUUUAGACGAAGUUUUCUCUGAUUUGUUAAAAACUUGGCAUCGGAGACAACAAAUCUAUGAGGAUAAUGCUGAUCUUCAACGUUGGUUGUCCUCUGCAUCUGAAUUGGAACGUUGGUUAACAGAAAGAGAGCAAUUGCUUGCUAAGGAUUGGACUGGAUUAGUUCAGGAUGGACUAGAAGCUGUUGAAAAUCAAAUUAGACAAUUUGAUGAUUUUCUUGCCACCCUCGAUGCCCAAAGUCCUCAAUUUCAAGCUUUGAAACGCCUCACUCGACUUGAACAAAAUUGGGAACGUCUUAAGGGACAAGAGGACCGUGAAAGAAUUGUUGCUGUAAAUGCUCAACUUCAACAACAACAACAAAACCGAAGGGAAACACAACCAAUUAGAACAUUAGAAAAGAAGAAAAUGCUACAGGAAAAAAGACAAGAGAGAGAACGACGUAAAACACAGUCAAUUCGUUCUUCAACUUCUGCACAUUCUGGUGCUCAAAUGUUGGGACAAUUACAACAAUUAGAGCCUGUCCAGUCUUUAGCAACUACUGCAUUUAAUUCCUCUCAAACACUCCCAAGAGCCAGGCAAAGAGCUGCUGUAGGUGCUACUUCCUCAGCAUCUUCUUCUACAUCAGUAGUUGUAGUUGAAGGACAGCAAAAUAUUGUGCCACCAGUUGCUUCCUCUCGUCUUUCUAUCGAAAUCUCGCAGCCAUCAUCUACACAACAACAACAAAAUUUAACACCAUCCGCUCCUUUCCCUGUAGGUAUGCGAGUACCUUCCACAGGUCGAACACCUGGAUUUACAACACGUAGAACACAAAGUAUUCGAAGAAGUCGUCAAUGGGAUGAUUUAAGAACUGUUGAUAUUCACGGUUAUUUGGAUCGAAAACAAGAAUUACAAGCAGGUGGAAAACGUGCAACUUUUCGUUCUUGGAAGAGCUAUUAUUCUAUUUUGUGUGGGCAACUUCUUUGCUUUUUUAAGGAUGAACAACAUUUUAUGGAAAAUAUGGCAGCUGCAGCACCUUUGGCAUUACAUGGAUCGAAUUCUGCACUUAAUCCUGAAUAUAUUAAAAAACGUUUUGUUUUCAAAUUAAAUACUGCUGAUGGAGCUGAAUUCCUUUUUGCUGCACCUGACCAGCUAAAAGCUCUUGAAUGGGUUGAUAAAAUUAAUUUUAGAGCAAAGUUAGAUCCAGCUGAUCAAUUGCUUGCCUUUAGACCGAGUACAAGUGAACCACUUGGAAAUUCUCAAUCAAAGCGACUUCCUUAUUCCUCUACAACUGCAGAUGUAAUGUCUAGUUCGAGAAGUAUGACAUUAGAAUCAAGGCCAAAGCCUAGUGAAUUUAGUGGAAAUGUUGCUAAUACUUUCAAAGUGCCAAAUGACAACCAAAAAAUGAUUAAAAGCGCAACAUUAGAUCCACGUAAAAUUAAUGAUGACAAUAAACAUACAAAUUAUUAUCAUUCUUCUAAUAAUAAACAAAAAAAUGAAGAGAAUGGACAAAAAAUAGUAGAACAACAACAACAAUUUGCAAGUCAAAUAAAAAUUGGGGAUGAGGCUGAUGAAGAAGAAAAAAUUAUUGUUGAAGAGGAAGAUUUAGAAAAUAGUCCAAAUAAUAAUUGUCGAAAUAAUCAAAAUGGGAAUUCAAAUAUCUUUGAAGAUAAUAUUUCUGUACGCAGUGGUGGAAUUGGAGGAACAUUUAAAAAUAAAAAAAUUACAAGUGGUGCCUUUGCUUUUCUCCGACGUUCUUCAGCAGUUAUUGGAGGAAAAAAAUCUGCAUGCGAAAAUUCACUUGAUUGA